AUGCUAGAUGAUUUUACUAAAAUUACAGAGCUUAAGAAAUCUGAUGAUUUUGAAACCAUUUACAAAUUCCUUGAUGAACUUUCUUCGAAAGGAAACCUUGGAGCAAUUUCAAAACCAUGCGAAGAAGGACUUUGGAAAAGUAUUGCUCCUAAAAAAUAUCAAUUUGAUAUGGAGAAGAAUGUUCUUCAUGUAGCAAGUGAAAAUGGAAAUCUCAGACUUGUUAAAUCACUCAUCGAAUGUGGCUGUGAUAAAGAAACAAAGAUUCAAUCUGGAUGGACUCCACUCCUUUUUGCAUCAAAAAAUGGAUUGUUAAAUAUCUUAUUUCAGUUGGAGCUAAUAAAGAAGCACAAAAUAAUAAAGGAUUUACUGCACUGA